AUGUUCGCUUCUCUAGAUCGCCCGAACAGGUUCUCAAGAAUACGGCACGUCCUUGCCAAGUACAUGCGCUUCAUUGGCCCUGGGCUUAUGGUGUCUGUGGCAUACAUGGACCCAGGAAACUACUCCACAGCAGUCGCAGCAGGGUCUGCGUAUCAGUACAAGCUUCUUUUUUCGAUUUUCGUCUCGAAUUGCUUAGCUGUGUUUCUCCAGGUUCUUCUGGCCAAGCUCGGAGCCGUGACCGGUCUAGACCUUGCGGCCAACUGUAAAGAGAAUCUCCCGCCGCGGCUCAAUAUGUUCAUCUACAUUUUAGCCGAGAUCGCCAUAAUCGCCACAGACUUGGCCGAAGUCGUUGGCACAGCCAUUGCCUUGAACAUUUUGUUCGGCCUCCCGUUGUUUGCGGGUGUCAUUGUUACCGUGACCGAUGUUCUCGUUGUGCUUAUGGCAUAUAAGCCGGACGGUCCCCUUUUGUUCAUCCGCAUCUUCGAGGCGUUUGUUUCGGUGUUGGUCGCUGCCACGGUUGUUUGUUUUUCCAUCGAACUUUUCCAGGUCCUGGACGACCCCGAUUUUCUGAUGUCCGAGGUGCUCAAAGGAUUCUUGCCCAACGCUCAAGUCGUGGAUAUGGACGACCGGCCUGGAGGCAGCGGGCUCUUUUUGAGCUUGGCUAUUUUGGGUGCAACCGUCAUGCCGCAUUCCUUGUACUUGGGUUCGGGAUUGGUGCAGGCUCGACUCAAGGACUACGAUAUCAAGCAUGGCCACUACGUUCCGGAGAAGGAGAGUAAGGACCAGAACCAGCAAACUCGAACCAUUCUACAAGAGAGGGCCAACCAAAACCUGCGCGAGGGGCAAGAGAGCCAUGAGAACCAGGACGAGACUUCAGACUGGCCCGAAGAUCUCACAGACGACCAUAGCGACUUUUCCUCAAACCCACUUUCGGUGGACGCACCUUCUCUUUCUGACUCUGGUUCAGGGCUUUCUUCCCCAUACCGCCCGUCACUCCACGCGAUCAACGACACAAUGACAUACACGAUUGUAGAGUUGGUGGUGUCUCUUUUCACCGUGGCUCUAUUUGUCAACUCCACCAUUCUCAUUGUCGCCGGUGCGACGUUGGGUGGCACGAAACGUGACGACGACUCUGACUCUGGAUCUGACACCGACGACAACGACACAGAUGGCGCAGACUUGUUCACCAUCUACAACCUUCUCUCGACACAUCUUCUGCCCACUGCCGGAUUUGUGUUUGCCCUCGCUCUUCUUUGCUCGGGCCAGAGUGCCGGUGUUGUAUGCACUUUGGCCGGCCAAAUGGUGCUGGAAGGCUUUUUGCUGUGGAGCUUCCCGCCUGUCGUGAGACGGUUGGUGACCCGGGCUUUGGCCAUUGCGCCGUGCUUGCUCGUGGUUUCGUUUUCGGGCCGUGCUGGUCUCGCCAAAACCUUGAAUGCGCUGCAGGUGGUGCUCUCCGUCUUGCUUCCUGUCGUCAUCGCGCCUUUGAUCUGGUUCACGUCUUCAAAACGGAUUAUGCGUGUUCCCAACAUUGUGCGCCUGGAUGGAAGUGAUACACUUUUCGAGAACGACCAGACGUUGCCGCAGGGGAAAUCACUGCCAUUCAAUGUUUCCGACGCUGCCAUCAGACUCCAGACGUUGCGCAGUGCUCACCCUUGCGCAGGCUGGGAGGACUCGGAAGAUGACAACGAACACCACAACUUGCUUGGAUCUUCGACGGCCGAACCUUCUGCGGCGGAGCCAGCGCCGUUGGCUACUCCUGCAGAGCCGGAAAAUAGACCAGACGACGACGGAUACGUCAUUCGAGGAUACACGGACAUGAGCAACGGGCCCGUCAUGACCGCCAUAGCUGUGGUGGUGUGGGGUUUUCUUGCUUGCCUUAACCUUUUUUUGGUGGGCAGCAUGCUUCUCGGCUACAACGUGCCGAUGUGA